AUGAAUGAUAACAUGGAAAAAGCCGAUGCCUCACAGCCUCACCUCUCCCCCCGAGCUUCAAGUCCAAUUCCCAUUCCCUCGCGCUCGCAAACAUCCUCUCCGCAUCCAAACUAUGUGGCCAACGUGGGAAUGCGCAUCACCCCCUCUUCCACUUCGUCCACCUUUAAUUAUCCCGCUUCCAACAAAUCAUCCCAUUCCGACGCCAUCCAUUCCAAAGAAAAUCAUUAUCAAAACAGAACCACAUUUUAUCAUAACUUAUCCGUUCUCAUCAAUAAUCCCGCAGGUAGCAUGUCUAUCUCUCCGUCAAGUCGUGACAUAGUAUUGGCAGCACGGAAUGGACUUUUGAUUGUCGACCUUGAAAAUCCGGGAGAAGAUCCGCGCGCGCUUCACAAUUUGACGAAAUGGGAUGUAGCUGAUGUGCAAUGGAAUCCGCAUCACAAUCGUGAAGAGCGGGUGGCAUCGACGUCUAAUCAAAAAGGACUUAUAUGGAAUCUGACUAAGGAUUCAAAAAGCGCUGUUGAAUGCAUCCUACACGGACAUACUCGUGCCAUCAGUGAUUUGAAUUGGAGUAUGUUUGAUUCGGAGAUGAUUGCGACUUGUUCCGUGGAUACCUUCAUUCAUCUAUGGGAUCUGAGGAAUCCGAAUAAACCAUCGCGUUCAUUCUGUGCCUGGAAAUUCGGUGCUACGCAAGUAAAAUUUAACUUAAAGAAUGAGUUCAUAUUGGCCUCCGCGCAUGACAAGAAUGUUAUGAUAUGGGAUACACGGAAAGGAUCUGACAGCGUGGCUCAGAUUGCCGCGCAUACAACGAAGAUAUAUGGUAUCGAUUGGAGUAAGCAAAAUGGAAAAGAGAUCAUCACUUGUAGUUUAGACAAGUUGGUCAAA